AUGGGGAAGCAGCUAGUAGAGUUCGCACCCGGCUUCUCAGCUUACGCCGGCGGUGUUGAAGAAACCCGAUUCAUCUACAAGGAGAUCUUCCAAGACCACGCCUACAAUGUCGCUGAGCUGCCUGAAGACGCCUUCAUCGUCGACGCCGGCGCCAACGUGGGCAUUUUCACGCUCUACAUGAAGAAGAAGUACCCGACGUCGACGAUCCUCGCUUUCGAGCCAGCCCCAGAGACCUUCGACGCGCUGAGUGACAAUGUCAAGCUCCAUGAGCUCAAGGACGUCGAGUUGCACGAGUGUGCGUUGGGUGCGGAAGAUGGUGUCCAGACUUUCGUCUUCUACCCGAUGGUGCCUGGCAAUUCAACGCUCGUCCCGGAGGAAAAGGAGCUUGUGACGAAGAUGUUUCGUGGACUUGAGGACGACUUCUGGGACGAAGCGGGGAGAAUGUACGAAAACAAUCAAGAGGUUCCUGUGCAGGUUCGCCGACUGUCCAACUUCCUCACCGGGCGUGAGAAUCUCAAAAGGAUCGAUUUGCUCAAAGUCGAUAUCGAGGGUGUGGAGCUGGAGGUCUUGCGUAGUCUGGAGGAAGCCCACUGGGCAAUGGUUGCGAAUGUGGUGGUGGAGAUCUGUGACCUACGAGGCGGGCGACUUGAUGCUUUGGAGAGCCUGUUGACGUCGAAAGGGUUUCGUGUUAAGACUGAUAGCCCUGAAUGGUCGCCAAAAGAAGGGAAGAUGUUUAUGGUCGUUGGGCACCGCGACGUAGCGGUUGGUUAG